CUUCUAAAUUUUUCACGUUCUUAAGUAUCAAACAAAACAAAUAUGUAAAUAGUAAUAAAUCAUGGCGACACUCACUACUUUUACAAGAUUAUUUAAUUUUGGUACAAAUACUUGUAUCAAAAAAAUUCUUCCGACUUUAAUGUAUAAAAAAUACUAUCCAGUAUCAAAAUUAUGGGAAAUAAGAAUAGAUGGAUAUCGUACUCGAUAUAAGUUACCUUGGUUUAAUUCAUCAUCAAAUUAUCAAGAAGAAAUACCUGAAUAUGAUGAAAAAAAAGAAAAAAUAGCAAUUGAUGUAAUUAAUGAAAUUAACAAACAAGUAGCUACUAAAUCGACUGGUCGCUUAUUUGCAAUCAUACAUGUACUAGGAAAACAAUUUAAAGUCACAGAAAGUGAUAUUAUAGUCAUUGAAGGUAAUUGGCCACCUCAACCAGGAGAUGAAAUAAAAUUGGAAAAAGUAUUAUUAGUUGGCAGUAAAGAUUUUACUCUUAUUGGAAGACCUAUUCUAAACAGAGAAUUGAUAUCAGUCGAUGCAAUUGUAAUACAAAAAACUUUAUCUCAUACAAUAACAAAUUUCAAAAUGAAAAAAAGGAAACAAUAUAAAAGAUUAAAUUUUUAUAGAAUACAUAGAACAAUGCUAAGAAUAACUUCUAUAAAUAUAAAUGGAGAUAUUGAUAAAAAGAAAGAAGUUGAAGGUUUAGAUAGAAUAUAUUAAUUAAUAAAUAAUAUAAUAUAUCUCAUAAUAUAAUGUAAAAUGUCACAUCCAAAUAUAUUUUUUAAUCAUUAGUAAUAAAAAUUUAUUAUUGUAUAUUUAAAUUAAUAUAAAAUAUAAUGGAAGUAAAAAGAGUAUAGAUAAUAUGAUAUAUAUAAAAAACAUAUUAAACAAAAUGCUAUUAAAUACAUUGUAUUAAAACAAUAAAAUUUUAAAAUAAAAAAGAAUAAAAUCCCAAGAAGAAAUAAAGCAUCAGAAAGAUAUAAAAAGUGUUUGAAUGUAUAAUUUCAUGAUGUUUCGCGCAUGCGUAGUAUUAUUAAGAGAAAAGUGGGGAUUAUAAGUGAGCGAAUGAGCGUUAGGGAAAAACAGUAUGUUAAAAUGAGUCGAAUAGAAAGGGUCGUUUGUGAAUAAAAGAAAGAAAUAAUAAUACAAAACACAAAUAAGAGAGAUAGAAUAUUCGAAUGACGUCAUAAGCU